UACUGCAUUUUCUAUUGUCAGUAUAUGCUAGGUUGUUUUAAAGGAAUAAUAUAAUGCAUAACAGAGGGUUAUGACCAAGAUCCAAUGCCUUAUGUUUGAAAGCAACUUGAAGAAAGGAAUAAAAGAUGAGGUUUCUAAGAGGAUUGAACAUUCUACGUAUUAUGACCGGGAUAAUGCUGGGUUUUUUAAGUCGGAUUGCAUUUGAACAAUUAAGGGGUUCAACUAGACUUACUGUAGGGACCCACAUGGAUAACAUAAAGAGCCUUGAUUGCCCAAAAUGCCCAAUUGAUGACCACUGUACACUGUGUGAACCUACACACGUCAAAAACCCUACAGAAAAUAUUCCGAGUGCUUAUAAACCAAAGGGUAUGUAUGAGGUCACUAGGUGGCUUCAGUUUGAUGAGCAUUACGUCUAUGACAUCAUAAAUGAAGAACCGAAGAUUCCGUUAGUAGGACACUGGCUUGAAGAGGUUCGAGCUGUCACUCAAGUUGCAAUGGAUUAUAUAAACGCCAACAGAAUGCUAGGGCAAAGCUGGAGUUUAGUUAAAUUACACGAUGGAUAUUUAAGAAGAGAUGCUUUGCGUGGUACGGAGUAUAUACUAGAUGUGGUGGUGCAGCCCGCAAGUCAUAACUUUAGUUAUUUCAUAAAUGAGAGAAUGUUUAGGGUGAAUCUUGUGCAUCCCUUGAAGUCAAUGGGUGAAGCAGAAGAAGUAAGAGUCCAACGUCAUGUGGAGGGUCGGUUGAAGAUAAUUGUACCAGUAAAGAUUACCUCGCCUGGCAUUGUGGCAUCGAUAGAUAACUUUGUGAAAUCAAAACCUAAACCCCAAGUUCACCUAGUGCUUGUUCUAUUUCUUGGAAGCAACAAAAAAGAAAUAUCUGGGUAUAAAAAUAAACUUCAAGAACUGGAAACCAAAAUUAAAAGCCACCAAAAAGUGAACAUACAAAUCUACCCUGUGGAAGGUUUAUACAGCUAUUUCAAGGGGGUAAGAUAUGGAAUAAAGAAGGCAACGAUAUCUACUGAUGUUGUUUUACUUGCAACCAUUGAAGCUGCUUUCACAGAGCAAUUAUAUCAUCACUGUCAAGCAAAUGCUAUCCCUAAAAAACGAGUAUAUUUUCCUAUUGCAUUCGGACAAUUCAACCCAGACAUUAUUAAAAAAGGAAUGCCGCCUGGGAAACCUAAAGAUGUCAACAAGAGAGACCAUAAUAAAUUCACAGGGUAUUGGAUGCAUGACACUUUUGACUUUGUAUGUGCUAAUCAAGCUGACAUGGUCGGAAUACUUAACAAUUUAAGCUCUCUGGGCAGAAGAAUGGGCUCGACUACAGAGGCACUCGGGACCAAAAUAUACGAUGCUUUUUUACGAAGUGACAUUGAGGUUAUAUGUGCAGUGGAGCCAGGGUUGUAUAGGACUUAUGGCAUGACGUGUUCAAAAGGUGAAUUAACAGAUAAAUCAUAUCAACAUUGUAUGAGAACUAAGGCUAUGAGUCUCGGUUCAAAGCCCGCGCUGGGUAUUUUAUAUAUAAAUGAAGUUUUGCAGAAGAAAAACUGAUUUUUUGAAAAAGUAAUUUUCUUGUUUCUUUUUAAUAUUAUGCCAAAACAUUGUGUAUCUGUGUUUUAGUUUAUGUGCCAAUUUCCUUUUUAGUUAAAUGGCUGCAACUGUAGUUAACUACAUUUUUAAAGCAUCGUAAUAUGGUGAAGCAAUAAUAUAUAGUUAAAAAAAUAUAUUUUAAUUAUUGUGUGCAAUUAUUUUUGUCAUACUGUCUAAAUGCGAUACUAAUUAGAAUUUGUUAUUAAAAAAGCAUCUUGCCAA